UUGUUAGAUGGAAAAUGGAUCCUUUAUUUCAUGUCCUGAUUUUCACCUGCCUGGCCUUCAAGAUCUCAGAAGGGUUUCUGAUUAUCCAUGUCCAGAAACAGCAAUGUCUUGUUGGAGGGAAAACAGCAUGUGUGGGCAAGUGCAAUCUGACUGAUCCAAACCAGCAGUGGAGGUGGACAGAGAAUGAGAAGCUGCUCCAUGUUAGGUCUGGCCAGUGUUUGGGCAUCUCCAAGUCCUCUGCUGCAUCAUCCCGCAGCAUCUUCAUAGACUGUCCUCAGGCACCCAGUUGGAUCUUCCACAACACAGAAGGGCUCCUCCAGGUGGCAAACAGCUCUCUCUUUCUCACAAAACAAGGCCCGAGGGUAAUGAUCAAGAAGGGUAGAAAAUACCCUCAUAGCUGGAAGCAAAUAGAUGUCGACGACAAGGGGAAAACUGCCUUUGAAAAUCUGUGCCCACACAAAGAUCCGCAUUGGAUUUUCUGCAUCUUGGAGAACAGUAGAAGUACUUCCUCACUCUUUAAUGCUAUUACAUCUACUCCUGGGAAUUUCCUUAGGAGUAGCACAGAGAUCGUCAUCAGAAAUAUUACAGACAACUACAGUAAAAACAUUAAUGAAAAACCCCAUCUGAACCUGAAGUUGUCUGAAGUAAAAGAGAAAUCCUGGAUUCCAACAACUACCCAUCAUUACUUCAGUACCACAGAAGAGAAGGGGCAUGGGGAGCCUGUGAAAUGCGCCAUCAACCUGACGGAGUGGAGGGUUUCCAGCCAGUCUGUCUAUCUCAAAUGGAGCAGUUUGGGGAAUCUCUGCAACUUCACCCUGACGUGCAGCUCUGACAACGUCUCGCACACAAAGUGUCAUCCCGUCCAGAAGACUAACGAAUCCUACGAGUGCAGCUACAACGGCUUAGAAGCAGGGACUUUGUAUCAUCUCAGGAUUUUCUCUCUCUCUGACACAGAAACGAGCAACAUCUCCUUGCAGACAGAUCCCUUACCACCAGCUAGGUUUGAAAUUAAUAAGGAAAAAACUACUUCCACAAGCUUGCAGGUCUCGUGGAGUCCAUCCUCAGGAAAGGUGGACUGGUAUCAGCUACAAUUAUCUGAUCAUAAUAAUAAAAAGAUACAGAAUGUCUCAAUACAAGGAGGUAUUUCAAGAAGAGAAGAGACCUUUUCCAAUCUUACCCCUGGGAGCAAAUAUGAUGUUAUCAUCACUGCAGUUGCUGGAAAUAAAAGCACCCCAGCAAUUCACAUCAGCGGAUCUACUGUGCCAUCCCCAGUGCAAAACAUUCAGAUCAGUGUCAAGACAGACACUAUCCACGUUUCAUGGUUACCUGGCUCUGGUUAUGUGGAUCGAUACAGGCUGGUGUUACUGGAUAAAGAAGGACCAGUUCGUGAGAUCACCCAUGAGGAGCGCUUACUUUCCUACACUUUUCUUGGACUUACAGCAGGAUAUCUGUAUAAUCUCACUAUCAUAGCUGAAGCUGCAGGAUUAGAGAGCUACAACUUUAAACUGGUUAGGACAGCCCCAGCCCAAGUCUCAGAUUUGAUGGUGACGAAUGAUGGCAGCUUUGAUAUAUUAAAAGUUACAUGGAAAAGACCUCUAGGAAACUUAGAUUUCUACAAUAUCACUCUGUCUCAUCUUGGAUCCAUUAAAGAAAUCAAAAUUUUACAGCCCCGGGUCACAGAGGUUCAGUUUGACAAGUUGAUUCCAGGAAGUCUUUAUCAGGUCACUGUCAGCACAAUCAGUGGUGAAUUGUUCACUAAUAAGAUGGCAACUGGCAGAACAGUUCCUCAGAAAGUUUCAGAGCUGAAAGCUAGCAGUGGUGGUUGGCUGAGGUCUCUGACAGUGAGCUGGCUGCCCCCUGCUGGAGACUGGGACAGAUACCACAUUGUGUUGUUCAACCUCUCCACUGUGCUGCUGAACACUACUUUAAAGAAAGACAGAAGAGAAUAUGUCAUCCAGGAUAUAGGACUCAUCCCAGGAAGACAAUAUGAGGUGGCAGUCAUAGUGGAGAGCGGAGGCUUACAGAACACGGCUCGCUGCAAAGGCAGAACAGCUCCACAGCCUGUUCUUCAGCUCCGGGUAAAGCAUGCUAAUGAAUCUUCGCUUAGUGUCAUGUGGAUGAUCCCUGUUGCAGAAUGGGACAGUUACGUGGUUUCACUGGGAGACAGGGAUCUUACCAUCAUAAACAAGGCUCUUGUGAAAGAAGCUAAAGAAUACACUUUCAGUGAUCUGGUACCUGGACGGAAAUACACAGCUACAGUCACUAGCAUUAGUGGGGAUUUAAGCAACUGGACUUCAGUAGAGGGAAGAACAGUGCCAGCUCAGGUGAUGAGCCUGCAUGUGACAAACCAGGGGGCAACCAACAGUUUGUUCACCAACUGGACGAGGGCGCUGGGAGAUGUAGAGUCAUACCAAGUGCUGCUGAUUCACGAAAAUGUUGUCAUUAAAAAUGAGAGUGUUUCCAGUGAGACCAGCAGAUACCAUUUCCACUCCCUGAAAGCCGGAGGACUCUAUUCUGUGGUCGUUACCACAGUUAGUGGAGGGAUAUGGUCCAGACAGACGAUUGCAGAAGGGAGGACAGUUCCUUCCAGUGUGAGUGGAGUAACGGUGAAUAAUUCGGGACGGAGUGACUACCUCAGUGUUUCCUGGCUGCCAGCUACCGGAGAUGUGGAUAGUUAUUUGGUAACACUCUCUCAUGACAGCCAGAUGAUUCAGACUCUAACAAUUUCCAAAGCCCUCAGCGAAUGUUCUUUCAGCAGCCUGGUUGCCGGCAGGCUCUAUAAUAUAAUGAUAACCACAAAGAGUGGGAAGUAUGAAAAUCAUUCCUUCAGCCAGGAACGAACAGUACCUUCAAGCGUGCAGGGACUUACUGUCAGCAAUUCAGCAAGAAGUGACUAUUUAAAGGUGUCCUGGUUGCAUGCCACUGGAGAUUUUGAUAAUUAUAAAGUGAUCAUCAAGAACAACAAUGACUUCAACCAAACAAAAAGUGUCCCCAAGGAUGAAAAUGAGUGUGUGUUCACUAAACUGGUCCCGGGGAGGCAAUACAGUAUCACUGUUAGCACACAGAGUGGAAAAUAUGAGACUAGUAAAAGGAUCAAUGGCAGAACAAUGCCAGAGUCAGUGAAGGAAUUAACUCUUAGUAACAGAAGCACUGAAGACCUGCAAGUUACCUGGUCAAAGGCUGAGGGGGAUGUCGAUAAAUAUGAGAUUCAGCUACUUUUCAAUGAUAUGAAGGUCUUUCCGCCCAUUUUCCUUGGAAACACCAUUGAGGAGUAUUGGUUCACAGCUUUAACCCCAGGGCGCCUGUACAAAAUUCUUGUCCUGACAAUCAGUGGAGACACACAACGUGCCACUUUCAUAGAAGGACUGACAGCUCCAAGUGCUGUCAAAAACAUUCACGUUUCAGCCAAUGGGAUGACAAACAGCCUGAAAGUGAGCUGGACUCCUGGAGGAGGAGAUGUUGAUUCCUACACAGUGACACUAUUCCAUCAAAACUAUCAGCUUGAUUCCCAGACUGUCUCCAAGUCUGUCUACGAGCAUACCUUCAGCAAGUUAGAAGCAGGGGAGCAGUACCGGGUUGUGGUACAGUCUAACAGCGGCACUCUGCACAACAGUUUAACAGCUCUCGGACAUACAAUUCCUGCCUCUGUCCAGGGAUUAUUUGCAGAUCAUGCCUACAGCAGUCAUUCCUUGUUAGUGACUUGGCACAGUGCUCCUGGAGUGGCUGAGAGAUACGACAUCCUGCUCUUGACUGAGCAAGGUAUCCUUCUGAGCAAUAAAUCAGAGCCAGCAACUGCUAAACAGCACAAAUUUGAAGAUUUAAUACCAGGCAAGAAGUAUAAAGUGCAAAUGGUGACAGUCAGUGGCGGGCUCUUCAGCAGACGAGCAGAAACCGAAGGCCGAACAGUCCCAGCCGCUGUCACAAAUCUGAAGGUCACAGAAAACACCAAUGGACGUCUAUCAUUCAGCUGGACUACCUCCCAGGGAGAACUGAACUCCUAUAAUAUAUUUCUGUACAAUCCUGACAAAUCCCUCCAGGGCAGAAUUUCAGGGGACCAGAACCUCCAGCAGUGUUCUUUCCAGAACUUGCGGCAAGGCAGAAUGUAUAAAAUGGUGAUUGUUACCCACAGUGGAGAGCUCACAAAUGAGUCAUCUGUAUUUGGAAGAACAGUUCCAGCCCCAGUUAUUAAUCUCAGCGGCUCCAACAGAAACAUGACAAACAGUCUAUGGUUCACCUGGGGACCGGCAUCAGGAGAUGUAGAUUAUUACGAACUGAAUCUUUAUAACCCAAAUGGCACACAGAAGGAAACAAAGCAUGGGAAAGACCUGAGAGAGUGGCAUUUCCUGGGCCUAGUUCCUGGCAGAAAGUACACCCUGGUUGUAGUGACCCACAGCGGUGACCUGACCAAUACAGCAAAAACUGAGGGAAGAACAGCACCCAGUCCUCCUAGUGCUGUAUCAUUUGCUGAUGUUGCAAACACCUCCCUGUCAAUCACCUGGCUGGGUCCCCUGGACUGGACGGAUUAUGAUGACUUUGAGUUGCAAUGGUUUCCGAAAGAUCCCCUUACAGUCUUCAACCCAUACAGCAGCAGCAGAUCAAAGGGACGUAUCAUGUAUGGCCUUCGACCGGGGCGGCUCUAUAAUUUCAGUGUCAGGAGCGUCAGCGGCAACACCUGGAAGACAUACAGUCAAUCAUUGUCUGGAACUGUGAGAACAAGACCAGACAGAAUACAAAACCUUCACUGCCGGCCACAAAACUCUACUGCCAUUGCAUGUUCCUGGACUCCGCCUGACUCUGACUUCGAUGGAUAUAGCAUUGAAUGCAAAAAAAUGGACACUGGAGAAGUUGCGUUUUCCAAAAGGAUAGAGAAAGAAAGAUCUUUGCAAAAUAUCAUGAUGCUAGUACCCCACAAGAGAUACUUGGUGUCCAUCAAAGUGCAGUCUGCAGACAUGACUAGUGAAGUAGUUGAAGACAGCACCAUCACUAUGAUAGACCGCCCCCCUCCUCCACCUCUCCACAUCCGAGUGAACAAAAAGGAUGCACUCAUUACCAAAUCUUCCAUCAACUUUACUUUCAACUGCAGCUGGUUCAGUGACACCAAUGGAGCUGUGAAAUACUUCACUGUGGUUGUUAGAGAGGCCGAUGGCAGUGAAGAGCUGAAGCCAGAUCAGCAGCACCCAUUACCUUCCUACAUGGAAUACAAACAUAACAAUUCCAUACGUGUUUAUCAGACAAACUAUUUUGCAAGCAAAUGUGCUGAAAAUCUUGACAGCAACUAUAAGAGUUUUGACAUUAAGCUUGGAGCUGAGAUGGAAAGUCUGGGGGGAAAAUGUGAUCCCAAUCAGCAGAAAUUCUGUGAUGGGCCACUGAAGCCAAGGACUGCCUACAGGAUCAGUAUCCGAGCUUUCACCCAGCUCUUUAGUGAAGACAUGAGGGAAUUCACUGAGCCACUCUUCUCAGAUACGUUUUUCUCUUUACCAAUCACUACUGAGUCAGAGCCCAUGUUUGGAGUUAUAGAAGGCGUGAGUGCUGGUUUGUUUCUCAUUUUGAUGGUGGUGGCUGUGACUGCUUUAUUUGUCUACAGACAAAAAAUUAAUAAUGGCCAUGAACGACCUACAGCAAGGCUGAGCAUUCGCAGAGACAGGCCGUUGUCCGUCCAUCUGAACUUGGGGCAGAGAGGGAGCCGGAGAAUUUCCAGUCCAAUAAAAGUAAAUCAGUUUGAAGCGCACUUCACCAAACUCCAAGCAGAUUCCAACUACCUCCUGUCCAAGGAGUAUGAGGACCUAAAAGAUGUGGGUCGUAACCAAUCAUGUGACAUAGCGCUUUUGCCGGAGAACAGAGGGAAAAAUCGAUACAAUAAUAUAUUGCCCUAUGAUACGUCGAGAGUGAAGCUUUCCAACGUAGAUGAUGAUCCUUGCUCAGAUUAUAUUAAUGCAAGCUACAUACCAGGCAAUAAUUUUCGCAGGGAAUACAUUGCGACUCAGGGCCCUUUGCCUGGCACCAAAGAUGAUUUCUGGAAGAUGGCAUGGGAACAGAAUGUUCACAAUAUUGUCAUGGUAACCCAGUGUGUGGAGAAAGGCCGAGUGAAGUGCGAUCAUUACUGGCCCCUGGACCAGGAUUCCUUGUAUUACGGAGACCUGAUAGUUGAGAUGCUGUCGGAGUCCGUGCUUCCGGAAUGGACAAUAAGGGAGUUUAAAAUUUGUAGUGAAGAACAGCUUGACUCAAAGAGGCUCAUUCGUCACUUUCAUUACACAGUAUGGCCAGAUCAUGGAGUUCCAGAGACCACCCAGUCCCUGAUCCAGUUUGUAAGAACUGUAAGGGAUUAUAUCAACAGGACUCCAGACACUGGACCAACCAUUCUGCACUGCAGUGCUGGUGUUGGUAGGACAGGCACAUUUAUUGCAUUGGAUCGAAUCCUUCAGCAACUAGACUCUAAAGACUCAGUGGAUAUUUAUGGAGCAGUGCAUGAUCUAAGACUUCAUAGGGUUCACAUGGUUCAGACAGAGUGUCAGUAUGUCUAUUUACAUCAGUGUGUGAGAGACGUGUUAAGAGCAAGAAAGCUACGUAGUGAACAAGAAAAUCCCUUGUUUCCAAUAUAUGAAAAUGUGAAUCCAGAGUAUCACAGAGAUGCCGUUUAUUCGAGACACUAAGAAUGUAACAGACACCUGCUUUUGUGAUCAGAUCUGUUAAGUGUGCGUGUGCGUGUGCGUGUGUGUGUGUGUGUGUUUCAUGCACUAGAGAGGUGCCAGACAUUUCUAUUGAAGCUGUGUAUAAUUUAUUGGUCUGGUGAUUUUAAAAAAAAAUAUAUAUAAUUUAAGUGUAAUAGAUAUUAUUGUAUAUAAUUGUAUUUUGGUGUUAUGUAAAUAUGUAUUUUUCUAUAAUGUUUAUAUUAAUAUUAAGCAUCAGAUAAUACUAUUUUUCCAUACUAAAGUUUUUAGGAACUUUUCUACACUGUGUGUCAAAAAGAACUGCUGAGUUUGGAGUAGGUUAUGUAUUGGCACUUAAUAUACAAGAAAAAUCCAUUAAGGAUAGCCAGCCUUUUUAGCUGACUCAGUGGUCACAAGAUGAAAUAAGAUAUACGUUUAGUAAAGGAUAGUAGUCCUAUAUAGGAAUUCUAAACUUUAAAUUGAUUGCUGAUUGCUUGUGAUUUGAUCAGAAUGGAUGAAAUCCACAAUGCGAAGGCACUGCAAUGUACCAUUUACCAAAAGCUCAUUAACAUCCAAAUAAAAAACCAUCCACUUCACUACGAGCAACUGUUUCACUGUAAUCUGAAUGUCAGUGGAAAAAUAUUAACGUAUGUUGCCUUGAAGUUUAAUAGAACUCUUCUUUUACUCUGAAGGGAGGUCAGAGUUAGAUUUGACCUGCAUGACUACAUAAAUGAAUGCAUAUAGCAGCCAAAGACAAUAAAUAAACUGUACAUGCAUUCACCCGGACUGACAUGCAGAGACUUACUUCUGUGAGGCUGCAAAACCUGGCAAUUUUUAUCACUCUUUAAAACAAAAGUCAUUAUCAAGAGAGUUUAAAGAGUAGGCUGGGCUAGAUAACAUCAGUAUAGACCUCCCAGGAAUACACAGAUUUAUAGAUGCCAAAGAUGGAAACAGUUUUCACAGUAAUAGUGGCAUUUAAGCUGCCAUUGCACUUUAUUGGAGAUACUUUUCCCUUGAAGAUACUGUAAUCUGAUCACUCCCAUCAAUAGCAUUUGUUUCUUUCUGUUUAAAAAAACCUCACUUUGAAUUAACAGGAAAGGGACUGUUCACUAUUAAAAUAUAAUGAAAACUUUGUUUAAAGAACAAUCCUAUUCAAAGGAGAAAGGAAAGGCUUGGUAGUUCAGCCUGCCUUCCGAUCUCUUCCCACACUGGCGAAAGCUUGGCCUGCCACAAGACAAAAACUUAGACUAUUUUUGUUGAAAGGAAGGGGCAGAGCUGUUUGGAGGAGAACUUGUUCAAAUGAGAGUCUGAUGCUGUAAAUUCCCUGUUCUUUGGCAUGUCAGUACCCCCACUGCAGACUGUGUGGCCCAUAGAGUUUAAUACUUGUCCCAGCCAGCACUUCAAGAGAGCCCCACCUGUGAGGAGAAAAUAGCUCCUGUUCCACAAAAUUAAAAUAAAAUCAUGUAUUAGGGAUAAGAAGAAGGAACUAUGCCCCAGGUUUCAGGAAGCGAGAAGGACAUAGGCCUUUUUUUGCACCUCUACAUGCUGGGGCUAGUUCCUCCCUGCUGCAGAAACACCCAUGAAAGUGACAAUGGAAGAGCAGAGGAAAAUGCCAGGGCUGCCCUUGCAGAAUUUUCCUCUAAUUUUCCACUCGCACUGGGUGCAUUUGGUCAACACAGAACAAGCAGGCAUUUCUACUCACAAAUACUGCACGCACCUAAAUUCCCCUAGAUAGGACCAUUCAUACAGUUUUUGUGCCUUUCCAUUCACUCUGGCAUCCCCCUAUUCCACCAGACACCCUUCCUGCAGCUGCUCCAGAGGGUGUCUUUAACUGUUUAGACAAUUUUGUGUGACAAUUACCUUGAUUCCCUGGCCUGUGGACCCCGUGCUUCACAGGUGAAAUCCCUACCCACACAUUCUGCAUACUAGCUAAUAAGCUGACAUAUUCAUGUGGCGUCAAUAUAAUUAUACUGAGAACAAAUUAAAUGGCAGAAGUGCUGUAAUAUUUUUGGUGCAAGAAGCCACCAGUUAGUAUAAUUAAUUAUAUUUCUUGUGCCUUGAAGUAGAAUGCCAGACCUGGUAGGGAACUGUUAAAGCAAAAAGGCUGGACAAUAGGGAACUGCAGUACUGAAGACAGAUAGCUGUUAAGGAAAAUAAGCCGCAACUGAAGAUUUUUAUAUACUAUAUGGCUAAGAAUCCCCUUCUCGAUGGGUUCCAAUGGUAAGGCUAAAAAGCAACAUUCGAUGUUGUUAACCCUUGAGCUAGUAUUUGCACAGUUGGGGCCCAAGCUUGUAAAAAACACCUCCUCCCCCUUUUGAAUAGUCCAAUUAAUGGCAAUGGAACUAUUUACAUGAGCAAUAACACUUACAUACAUCAUCAUUUGCAGGACUGGGCCCUUCGUUAACCAUUUUUUUGAUUGCCAAGUAUUUAAUAAAAAUUGUGAUGAAUUGUUUUAGUCUGUGCAAUACCAAUGCAAGGCCUACUACCUAGUUCAGCAAAACCUUUCACAGAACAUAGCUAGAAGAUUUAGAGAAGAGGGUGUUUUUUUAAAAAAAAUUACAACUAGGUCAUUGAAAUAAAUGAUUGCAAUAGACACACUGUGAAAGUGCAACUUUAUAAAUUAUAGCUGCUGCUAUAGUUAUUUAUGUGACUUAAAUGUACUUGAUAAAUGCCUGCCAAAAAAGUACUCCUUAGGCCGCUACAUAAAGAAUUUCCCUUCAGCUGCAGUGCUCAUAAAGAUCUAAGAGCGGCUUUGUGGUCAGCUUACAUAGUAGGCCAUGGAGUUGAUGCUGUGCCUUGGAAAGCAAAGCGCAGAAACAAUCAACAGCAAAGUGAGACCAAAUACAAUUCAAAGUUACUAUUCCUAAACUAGGUGGUAAUGGCCUGAGAGUUAUCCUCUGGGAAAAGGGGGAGAGGGGGGUGAGCUGCGGUGACUUGUCCAAGAGCCAUAGAUUGUAGCUACUCAAGUGUAAUACUGAGGUUUGGCUUACAGCAACUGCACGUCUUUGUACACAGUGCACUACCCAUAACUAGGAUGGCUCGCAACUGCAUACAAUUAGUUGCCUGUCUGGCAAUGCUUCAAGGACAUUCAGUUGUGUGAAUAGGCUGAAGCAUAAGAUGACAGUCAUUUUGUUAAUGACACUGUGCUGAGCCUCAACCUUCUGAGCAUUGCAUUCUGGGCCUGUUGUCCCUGGAGGGUGCAUCUCUGAAUUAAAGAUAAGUUUGCACUAGCAGUCUCCCUGUGGCCUGUUGUCGUGGGCUCAUCCGCUUUCUAGCGGGUGUAGUGACAUUCCUGUGCCACCAUGAUGCCCAAAGUAAAAGCAGCUUAUUACACAUGACCUAGCAGAUCAGUGAACUAGAUAAGAUUGGUCUUGUUGACUGACUGUAGCAGAAAAUACAUUUGACUAUGGACUCGUGUGGUACCGUGGUAUAUAGUAUCAGUAAUGUUGGAUGAGUAAUUUGCAGGUUGGCUUUUUUGUUUAAUUUGAAAGCUAAAACCAUAUAGUAAGUCAAGUCAAGUAGGUGACUGUAGAGUGUUCUCAAAUCGCACACUCGUUUACACUGCUAGCUUUAAAAAAAUUGUUUAGCAAAUUUUGUGCCUGGGUAAAGUUUCAGAAAAAUGGCUGCAGAAAAUAUUUCAUUUUCAUAUGCUAUUUAAUUAGUCAUAUUUGUGUUUCUAACAAACACUAGGUGAGCACAGACCUACGCUACUAUGGUUUAUUUAUGUUUUUGUUAUGUAUACUUUUAUAUUUUUAACUCCAGUCUACAAAGUAACUAUAUUUGAGUGUAUUCUACACAUCGUUCAUGAAUAAAACAGUUCAUUUAAA